AUGGGUAGCCACGCAGUUCGUCGCAUGGUCAAGACCAGACGCCAUACGCGCGAUCUUGACCAGGUCAAGGCUGAUCUGAAAUCGCCCAAACACCUUGCUCAGCACAAGGAUUCAAAGGCUGCGGAGGAUCUUCCUGGCCUGGGCGAGUUCUACUGUGUAGAAUGUGCCAAAUAUUUCUCAGAUUCCCACAACCUGAAUGAGCACCGUCGCGGCAAAGUCCACAAGAGACGCGUCAAGGAUCUCAAAGCAGAGGCUCACACCCAGAAACUUGCUGAAGCGGCUGUCGGAUUAACCACCGAUAACGGCCAACGCGGGUGA